AGUGGAGUGGCAGCCCCAGAACCAGGACCGCCGGGGGUGGCAAGGUGGCCUGGCACCGAGAGCUGGGUCUGAGGCUUAGCCCCAGCGUUCUCGCUGCCCAGACUCGGCUGUGCCACCUCAUUCUCUGCACCCCUUUCCUCUCUGGGAGCCCCAAGAUGGUGAGGUGGUUUCACCGAGACCUCAGUGGGCUGGAUGCAGAGACUCUGCUGAAGGGCCGGGGCGUCCAUGGGAGCUUCCUGGCUCGGCCCAGUCGCAAGAACCAGGGUGACUUCUCGCUCUCUGUCAGGUAGGUCCCUCCAGUGUUCUGGCAGCUCUGUCCUGUGGGUCCAGACCCUGGACCGCUCAUUCCCCGUUCCCCAUGGAAGGGCUGACUCCCCAGUCCCCAGCUUUGUCUGUGUCCUUGCCCCCUGCCCCAGUUUGUCCCCCCGCCCGGUGUCUGCCCCAUCCUGUGCGUGCCCCACACUCGGGACCCUCAGUCUGUCACCACCCGACCUGCCUCUACUCCAGCAAGGCCUGGCCUCACCUCCUGGUAUCCCACAGGGUGGGGGAUCAGGUGACCCAUAUUCGGAUCCAGAACUCUGGGGAUUUCUACGACCUGUACGGAGGGGAGAAGUUCGCGACGCUGACUGAGCUGGUGGAGUACUACACACAGCAGCAGGGUGUCCUGCAGGACCGCGACGGCACCAUCAUCCACCUCAAGUACCCGCUGAACUGCUCCGACCCCACCAACGAGAGGUGGUACCAUGGCCACAUGUCUGGAGGGCAGGCAGAGACACUGCUGCAGGCCAAGGGUGAGCCCUGGACAUUUCUCGUGCGUGAAAGUCUCAGCCAGCCAGGAGAUUUUGUGCUGUCCGUGCUCAGUGACCAGCCCAAGGCUGGCCCGGGCUCCCCGCUCAGGGUCACCCACAUCAAGGUCAUGUGUGAGGGUGGACGCUACACGGUGGGCGGUUCGGAGACCUUCGACAGCCUCACAGACUUGGUGGAGCAUUUCAAGAAGACGGGGAUUGAGGAGGCCUCAGGUGCCUUUGUCUACCUGCGGCAGCCAUACUACGCCACGCGGGUGAAUGCGGCUGACAUCGAGAACCGGGUCUUGGAACUGAACAAGAAGAAGGAGUCCGAGGACACAGCCAAGGCUGGCUUCUGGGAGGAGUUUGAGAGUCUGCAGAAGCAGGAGGUGAAGAACUUGCACCAGCGGCUGGAGGGGCAGCGGCCAGAGAACAAGGGCAAGAACCGUUACAAGAACAUUCUCCCCUUUGACCACAGCCGAGUGAUCCUGCAGGGACGUGACAGUAACAUCCCUGGGUCCGACUACAUCAAUGCCAACUAUGUCAAGAACCAGCUGCUAGGUCCCGAUGAGAACGCUAAGACCUACAUCGCCAGCCAGGGCUGUCUGGAGGCCACAGUCAACGACUUCUGGCAGAUGGUGUGGCAGGAGAACACCCGUGUCAUCGUCAUGACCACCCGAGAGGUGGAGAAAGGCCGGAACAAAUGUGUCCCAUACUGGCCAGAGGUGGGCACUCAGCGUGUUUAUGGGCCCUACUCUGUGACCAACUGUGGGGAGCACGACACGUCUGAGUACAAACUCCGCACCUUGCAGGUCUCCCCACUGGACAACGGGGACCUGGUUCGGGAGAUCUGGCACUACCAGUAUCUGAGCUGGCCCGACCAUGGGGUCCCCAGUGAUCCUGGGGGUGUCCUCAGCUUCCUGGACCAGAUCAACCAGCGGCAGGAAAAUCUGCCUCAUGCAGGGCCCAUCAUCGUGCAUUGCAGCGCGGGCAUUGGCCGCACAGGCACUAUCAUUGUCAUCGACAUGCUCAUGGAGAACAUAUCCACCAAAGGGCUGGACUGUGACAUCGACAUCCAGAAGACCAUCCAGAUGGUGCGGGCGCAGCGCUCGGGCAUGGUGCAGACGGAGGCGCAGUACAAGUUCAUCUACGUGGCCAUUGCCCAAUUCAUUGAAACCACCAAGAAGAAGCUGGAGGUCAUGCAGUCACAGAAGGGCCAGGAGUCCGAGUACGGGAACAUCACCUACCCCCCGGCCAUGAAGAAUGCCCAUGCCAAGGCAUCUCGCACCUCCUCCAGAAACAAGGAGGAUGUGUACGAGAACCUGCAGAGUAAGGGCAAGAAGGAGGAGAAGGUGAAGAAGCAGCGGUCAGCAGACAAGGAGAAGGGCAAGGGUUCCCUCAAGAGGAAAUGAGCCGGGCGCUGUCCGGAGUGGCCAUGCCUCAGCCCUGAUCGUGCAGAGGCUUCCUGUGGACCCACUGCAGCCUGAACCGGGAGCCCCCAUUCUAUUGUAAUUUAGAUGGCCCUGCCCCUCCCCUGUAUAUAGCCCAGCAAGGCCCUUCCACUCUUGUAAAUAAAGCCCGUGGGAUCACUGUG